GCUGCCUAAUUGCAGCCAAUCACAAAGUUUUCCGUAGGCUGACUGGAAAGGAGGCCAAAUCCCCCCUCUUCAUGCGGUCAGCGGCUCCGGCCCACAACAUUGCGAUAGGGGCUACUCCCCUCCUCUUCAGCAUGAACAACACAGCCCCCCCCCCGGUGUUUCCUUACGCCGCAGAAAGCGUCGUCUGAAAUGUUAUUACACAAGGCUCUGUGGCCUUAUACAAGGGGAGUAAGGAGGAGAGACUUGCUUCGUACGGUACUGACAGAAAGAAAAAAAAGGAUGCUGAAGUCGAUAAAACAAGCACUCUUCUCUACUGGGCUGGAGAUGCCCAAAUGGACAGCACUGCCAAACCAGGCUUUUGAUUAUGAAAUUCGACAGUAUGAACCAGCCAAGUGGGUUUGCACAUCUGUUAAAACUAUGGAUUGGGAUUCAGCUAUCAAUACUGGUUUCACUAAGCUCUUUAACUAUAUUAAGGGCAAGAAUGAAAAAGGAAUAAAGAUAGAUAUGACUGCUCCAGUGACAUGUUAUGUGCAGCCAGGUGCUGGUCCAUUCUCUGAGUCCACUACAACUGUUUCUUUUUAUGUGCCAUCUCAACACCAGGCCAAUCCACCUAAGCCAUCGGAGGCAGAUGUCUUCAUUGAAACCAGGCCAGCAAUCACUGUGUUUGUCAGAUCGUUUGGAGGGUUUGCAAAUGCUAAAAAGAACCAAGAAGAAAUCCUGGCACUUGCUGAAAGUUUGAAGCGGGAUGGUAGAUCUUUUCAAGAAAAGGUCUAUUACAGUGCUGGCUAUGACAGCCCAUUUAAAUUGCUGAACAGACACAAUGAAGUUUGGCUUAUCAAGAAAAGCUAAAAUGUCAGCAAUUCAAUUAUAGUCUUAAUAUCCAUAAGCGUCCUUAACAAAAUGUAACUUUUCCCAAAAGAUUAAAGCCAGUUUUUGGUGUUUCUCUGAUAAUAUAUUUUCCUCCUCAUCCCGCUGCCUUAGUAUCUAUCAGUGCCAAUGUAAGAUGGAUGUACAGAUUAUUGUAGUGUGGUCUCAUGUGUAGCCAUGUAUCUAAAAGCAGAUGUACCAUUCUGCUAAAGAGAACAUCAGAACGCAAGUGAAAAUAUACACUAAAAAUGUGACCAAAUUGUGUCUUCCUAAUUCUGUCCAUAUAACUGCUUCAACUCCAAACAUGAAUACUAUAGCUUCUGAACUACUAAGCAGAAGAUUCCAGACUUCUAAGGCAGAAGAAUCAAACAUAGCAGUACUCCAGUGAUUAGGGCAGGGGAGGUAGAAAGCCUUUAAUGAAAUCCACAAGCCCUAGUCUCUGAAUCCUCCCAAAUUAACUAAAUCAUGUUCUCUUUCUCCCCCACUGCCUUCUAAAAAUAGUAGCUAAAGGGGCUGUUGCGAAAGAUAAGAGAACCAGGUACCCUUAGAUGCUCUGUAAUUCAGUUCCUAGUUUCAGUGGCCUUUUUACCAAGACCUUAAGGAUCUCCAAUGUGGCCCUACAAUAAUCAUUGAAGGAUUGCUGACUAAGCUUCAGGAGUAGGAAGGAAGCUGAUGCCUUAAUGGGAAAAGGGAUUUUACUCACAUGUAUGCAUAUGUGUUUUUAUCUGUAUUUAUGCUAUAAAUAUUCAUGUGCAGCUAACUUAUGAAAACUGCAGCAAUAAUUUGAACUCUUUACAGUUUUGCUAUCUAAACUGAGAUUGUUUAAUUUAGAUCAAGUUGACAUUAGUUUUGAGUUUUUGCCUUUGGGUGAAAAAGUGUGUGACCACUGGGUAUUGCAGGAUAGGAAAUCUGGUCCUCCUAUGCAUUGGAUCUUAAUAUUCUUGCCUUAAGGUUGCUCUUCUCAUUAUAUAAACUGUGUGAUAUCUUUAAUAGAAACCUGUGACCUACUGGUCAAUAUGUUGCCAUGGUGAAAAUAUAUAGGGUGGCGAUGGAAGAACCAGUUGAGUAGGCUUACUUUAAUGAGAAAGGUACUAUGUGUAACGUGUUGUCCAUCCUCAGAUACUUUACUCCAUAUUAGUAUAUGCAGGGCUGGCACCAGGCAUACUGGGGCCCUUGGGCCCCAGCCUGCCCUGGGCCCCAGAACAUACAUGCACCUACCUUUCCCUUGGUGAAUGCUGCCCCGCGCUAUGUGCACAUGCCUCCCAUCAACCAAGAUGGCAGCCGAGGCUCCCCUAAGGGGCUGAUGCCUCCGCCACAAUCUUGGUUGAUGGCACGCGUGUGAGCUAUGCCUGUGCGCCCUUGCCAUCAACCAAGAUGGUGGCAGGGGCAUCAGCCCCUUAGGGAAACCUCAGCUGCCAUCUUGGUUGAUGGCAGGCUUGUGCCCAUAGCUCAACCAACAUUUAUGUCAAGGGAGAGGUAGGUGGGGCAUGCAGCCGGGUGUCGUGGGCCUGUGCGGCAGUAGGGGGGUGCCUGGGAGCUCCCUCUUGCAAUCUAUGGCAGGGUCGGGAGGCAACACAGAUUGCAGAAGGAAGCACUACCCACCCACACACCCUAAGGAGGGGUCCUCUGCCUGGGUGUGACCUGGCUGCCCUCUGGCGCCAGCCCUGAACAUAUGGACAAACCUGUGUAAUUUUCAACACAAUCAAAUAUUCAGAUAUUAGGCUUUUGGGGACAGCAACAUGCCUAUUUUUGUCUGGAAUUUUGUAAGGUGCUACAUAAUAAUUCUUAAUUUGGAUAAUGGAAAGUGGAGUUCAAUCCAUGUGCCCCAACUGGAAAGUGUGACCUGUUUUAACCAAAACUUUCAUGUAAGAAUGGUUUAUGUUUGUCAUUGCAAACUACUGGUGCUGAUGUUGGUAAAUUGUAUUGCUACUCUGAGCUAAAUUGCUAAUUUGUAUUAUUUCUCUUUGGUCCACUCCUCUUACAUUUGGUAUUUGUAUUGGAAGAACCCAGAGAACAGCAAAUUAUGAAAGAGGAGAAACAGGUAACACACACAAUUCAGUAUCAAAAUUAAUACAAAGGGUCCCUACACAUUUACACAUCUUCAGAUUUAAACAUUAAACUAUGUGUAGGCAGAAAACCUUGGUUUUGUACUAAACACCUCUGUGAGCUUGAAAGUUGAUAUACAACCUCUGAUAGGCUGUCUCUGCUUAUAACAAUAUACUUUAUGGGAAAGUGUGAAUUGACAACAUGAAAGACUUGACUAUUGAUAUUCUCCUACACACUUAGCUAUAAAAAAAAUAAUGCUGGUCAAUGUAUCUGCUAAUGUGAGAUGCUAACGGUUUUUGCAAUUUAUUUAUAUUAGCAGAUGUGACAUUUAUUGCCAACUAACAGAUGAACUGAAAAACACAAUGGAUGUUUUCUCAGCAUCUGCUCUAACAGAAACCAGCAGCUUUGUUCAGCUGUAAAGAGCAAUUCUACAAAGCUGCCUAUUUCACUGGUAAUAUCAAUAAUAUGUCCCUCUGUCACCAAUGUUUGUCAUUAAUAAAUACAUUUAAUUAAAAAUGUUUAGUUUUUUUAAAAA